UACUAGAUAAAGAAACAAAGAGAAAGAAAAGAGAGAGAUCAUGGCAAGCUCUACUCUCAUCACCAAGUCCACAAAACUAAUUGCUCAAAUUGGAACAGAAACUGCAAAAAACACCCGCAUUAACUCUACUCAACUUUUGGCUGCUGCUGGCAGACGUAUUCACGCAAGUUCACGUCAAGAUUCUUCGGUUUGUGAACAAGCGAGGGAGACCAAAGAAAACAUCAAAGAAAGCACUAGCUCUGCUGCGGAUCAUGUGACCCAGAAGACAAAAGAUGUGGCCGGCGAAGUGUCGGAAAAGGCCCGAGAUGCGGUGGAGAAAGCAAAGCAGACGGUGGAGAACGCAUGGGUUUCGACAAAGGAUGCAGCCCAAAGGGCCAAAGAGACGGUGGAGAACAGGGCUGAUGUCUCCAAGGAAUACGUCAAACAACAUGCGGGGCAAGUUCAGAAGGGCAUGAACACCAAGGGAAAUUGAUUUUUUUUUUUUUUUUUUUUUUUUUUU